UAUUUGCCAUCACGCAGCCUAGAGCCCUUCCUCCACCCAGGAGCCCACGCAGUGAUCGAAAGCGAGUAAAAAGAGAAGAUGGCCGGCGUUGUGACCAUCACUACUACUACACAAUUGGAAAGAGAACUGAGUAGAAACCCCAACAAGCUGAUUGUGCUGGAGUUCAUGGCGCCGUGGUCCGAGCCAAGCAAGGUCAUGAAGAUCCCGUAUAGGCAAAUCGCCGGCAAUAGUUCUAAAGACAAAGUCAGCUUCUACACGCUCAACGUCGACAAGUUCAGAGAUUUGGCGGAGGAAGUUGGUGUGGAGGCGCUGCCGACGUACGUUCUGGUCAAGGACGAGGACGUGAAGGACAUGAUCGUUGGCAUGAAGCGGCAGGAGCUCGAGAAGGCCAUAGGAGACUGGAGCAAGUGAUCCGAUCAUCCAUGCAUGCGUCGAUCGAGAACGGGAAAAGAAUUGAAUGAUCCAUAAAUAACCCCACUGCUGUCCCAUGCAUGUAUUGUAUACGUAUAUUCAAACUCGUGUGCAUGUACACAUCCUAGCUCAUCAGCCGCCGUAGCAGCUAGUUAGGGUGCAUUAUUGUACGUAUGGAUCGAUUGUGUCCCAUGUUUGAUUUCCUAAACUUCCGUGGUCAGAAGGAAUAUGGUCCCGUUUGGUUAC